AUGCGAAAGUUGGCCGACAUUCUACCUGCUACACCGGAGAUCGAUUGCGAUGGGGAGAUGUGGUCAUGCGGUGAAAGUGUCACUGAUGAUUCAUAUACUGAUAAAGAUCUGGUGAAUAAGCAUGUGCCAUUACCAACAGAAGCUGCGCUGAUGGAGAGAUCGGCACUGGCAUCGCAGAAAACAACAUACACAAUUUCAGAAGAUACAUCCACGGAACUCGACUAG